AGGAGAGGAGAGGAGAGGAGGGAGAGAAAGUGCAGAGAGAUGGAGGAAAGAGACAGCGAGAGACAGAGAUAGAUAGACACUGACGGAACAGAUAGACAAGAGAAAUAGACAGGCAGGCACAAACAGAAAGGGAGGCAGACAGAGGCUGAGACUUAGAGAGUUGGUAGUUUACAGGUCAUAGAACAAAAACCUUGGCCAGAGUCGUGUGUACUCCCCCGUUUGUCCUCUGGUUCCGCCGCCCAUCCCUUCUCUGACCUCUCCUAGGCUUGACUCCAGUGCCUGGGACCUUGUACUCCCCGCUGAAGCUGAAGCUGCGGCCUGUGGGAAGCUGCUACCAUGGUCUCUCCCCAGUCCAGAGCGCUUGACUCGCCCCUUGGCCAAAUGGCUCGUUCCUUAGGGGGAGGGCUGCCUUCGAAGAAGUGGGUCGACUCUUCUGCCAGCCGGCUCCUGCCUCCCGCCCCUGAUCAGCUUUGUCCUCAAAGCGCACCCUCCCUUCUGCCUUCUCCCUUUCCCCUCCCUCGGCCUCUGUCUCCCCUGGGUUCGGCACCCGUUCCUUGCUCCCAGGACUGGGCCUCCAAAAUGAUGCUCAGUCCAGACCAAGCCGCCGACUCGGACCACCCCAGCUCUGCACCCUCAGACCCCGAGUCGCUGGGCGGACCGGACGCUAAGGUGCUGGGCAGCGUGUCGGACCUGGAGCCGGUGGAGGAGAGCGAGGCUGAUGGCAAGAGCGGGAGCCGCGCUGCGCUCUACCCGCACCCGCAGCAGCUGAGCCGCGAGGAGAAGCGGCGCCGCCGCCGGGCCACGGCCAAGUACCGCUCGGCCCACGCCACCCGGGAGCGCAUCCGCGUGGAGGCCUUCAACCUCGCCUUCGCUGAGCUCAGGAAACUGCUGCCCACCCUGCCCCCGGACAAAAAGCUCUCCAAGAUCGAGAUCCUGCGCCUGGCCAUCUGCUACAUCUCUUAUCUCAACCAUGUGUUAGACGUGUAGGGACGAGAGUCCGGGGGAAGCCGACUCGUCUGUCCCCGAGGCCCGGACGGACGGAGGCGGCUGUGGCCGGGACUAUGAUAUUGGGGUUGCAGGAGGAGGACGCAAUGCCGCUGCUGCUGCCCAGGAAUGACUUAGACAAGGGGAGAAGCUUGGAAAAUAUUCUGCCUAGGGAUAAGGGAAAGGUGGGGCCACCCCUUCUGACUUCGAUGGGGUGGGAGGGAAAACGGGAGCAUUGCGAUUCCGGGGAUGCAAAAGGGUUUUGGGUUUUUUUUUUUUUAGGCCAGGAGUACCUCAUGAACCCCAGCUGAGAUAGCCACUUCCAGGCCCCCUCUCUCCUGAUUAUCUGUUACUAUCCCUUGCAUGGGUCAGCUUGAGCUAACGCGAGGGCUUGCAUUUUUUUCACCCUGAUCUGCCACCCCAUCUUUUAUUUUAUUUUUUAAAGGAUGAAGGCAAAAGGGUGUCUUAGGCUAUUGGGAAUUUUUCUCAUUGAAAAAAAAAAAUCCUCAGACAUUCAGGAAAAAAGAAAAUCUCUUCCACUGUGGAGAUUAAAGGCCCAGGAAGGUGGGAAGGAAAGCUUUCCUUUUUGUAGGGACAAGAAAUAAUGUAGAAAACUGGCAAAGAAAAACAAAACAAAACAAAAAACAAGUUGGCUAUUUUGCAAAGCUAAAAAGAGAACAGGAGGAAAUAAACACCUUGUGAGAAGAUUGGAACUUGGCAAGAUCUUGGCUGCAAGAUAUGAGUAUAGAAAGAAAAAAAUCCAUAUUUACAUGGAUAAUUUAAUGUCAAAUUGCUUUUUCAGGCUAAGUGCCCCUUUACAUAUCCAAAAACAUCUACUUGUGACCUUAAACAUGUGACCCAUGGGUGCAGUUAGAAAAAAAAACAGAACUAUUUUUUAUUUAUGUUACAAGGAGUAGACUAUUUUUUUCAAGACAUUUAUUUUUCAGAGUGGUGACAAUUUUACUUUGAAUACUUUGUGCCAAUUUAUUUCUAUAGUCGAGUGUUUACACUUUUUCCUGUGGAAUAAUUAUGUCUAACUUUUUAAGUGUUUGUUGGGGUUAUCCAGUGGUCUUCUUUUUGCGCCAAUUAUAUUGCACUUGUAAUGACAAACGCUCCUCCCUGUUUCUAAACAUAUUUUAUAUAUUCAGAUGUUUGUUCUCAGAAGUUUUUUUUUGUUUGUGUGUGAGAUCAACAACACUAGCACUUCACUAUUAUAGUUUUUUAAAAAGAAUUACUUGUUGUUAUUCUUAUCUGUAGUUAUGUCAGAAAAGUACUUUGCAAACAGUUUAUAUAAGGAGAGUAGCUUCUUUGUGUGUGUGAUGUAUGUGUGUGAGAUGUUUUUAGGAAAUUGAGUUAUUUUCCUAAAAAAAAAAAAAUCCAGAACUACUUUCCUCUGUGACAACCAAAAAAAAAACUAUAACCUGAAAAUGUUUCAUGUUCUCUGCUGUGAAUCUCUUAAAACAAGGAGUGCGUUUUAGAGACAAGGAGAAAAAAAAAAGAACACAUCUGCUAUCCAAAGAUUUUAGUCUUUUUCAGGGUUUUUUUGUGUCUCUGUUGCUUUAUAUAAUGCGAUAUUUUGUAGUGAAAAUAGAUAUAAUCUGGUUUCUAUCUGACGCGGUUUUCAUAUCUCAUGAAUGGUGCGCUGUUUUGCAUAUAAAUAAAGGUAUCAAAUACAACUCAUUUUCUAUUUUUUAACUGUGCUGUAUGAAAAUGUGAA